UCUGCCUGACUGAACGCGAUAAACUCAAAAACUACCCAACGGAUUUCGAUAAAAUUUGGUAUGGUAAAAGUUAGAGACCCUGGUAAGGAUGUAUGGUACUUUUUAUCAAGGGAAAAAAUAUAGCGCUAUUUUUAUCCCGGAAUUAAUACUUAUAUUUUUGUUUAUUCAUUUGAUUGUGCUAAUUUCAGGACUCAUGGGUUCGAAAUGAAAAAAUAUUUCAGUGUUGGAAAGCUCAUUUAUCGGCAAUAGGAGAGGAGAAUCAAUAAAAAAUGUUGCAUAAAAGGGAAAAAUUGAUGCCUCUUGAGAGCUUCCGUUGCGUACGCUCAGUAAACGGUUAAAGUUGUUAUUCCGGUCAAAUAUAUAGCAUAAAUUUUAUAAAGAAACUUUAUCCUGGAAAAACUUUAUCACGCUGGCGGAACCGCAGGCAAAAACUAGUAAUAAACAUAAAACAGCUCAAUAACUAUCGAAGGGAGAUGAUACUAGAUUCAAAAAUAAAAUCGAUUGAAUCCGGAGCCUUCUGAAUUCCGUAUCUAAAAGCAACAUACCAUACCAGCAGUCAGGCCAAAAAUAACAAUUUCGACAAAUAUACAAUGUUAGACUAGGCAGUAUGGUCGAAAGACCUAUAGCCUGUCCUCUAAGGAUGAAUUAAAAAAAAAACAAUUUUGACAACUGACAAAUUGACAUUGACAGUAAAAUAGAUCGAUUCAUUGUCAAGUGAUCAAAUUUGCGAAUCGUUUAUACUUUAUUGUUGUUCAUUGUAAAUCCAAAAAUUUUAUUAAAUUGACUUAUUUAUUUUCAAAUAAAUUCAUAACCCGUACUUUGAAUAAUAAGUUUUUUUCUUGAAAUAUUUUUUAAGUCACUAAUGAAUAUCGACAAUGCUAAUUAACGCCAAUAUACCUCUGCGUUUUAAACCAUCGGAGUUUCAAUGCUUUAAUUGGAUAUAUAAACUAGCUCCAUGUUUUCCUAUAAAUGCGUCGAAAAUUAACAUUAUAAAUGAUCCCAAAAAGUUCUAUGACACAUUAUACAAUAGAUUUUGCAAUGCUAAACGUAGGAUAUCAAUAGCUAGUCUCUACAUUGGCACGGGAAGUUUAGAGAAGGAACUUAUAAAUGUUACGAAAAGCAAUGUACUAAGUAAAAAUGAUUUAAGGCUCAAUGUGCUUUUAGAUAACCAAAGAGGGACUCGAGGGGUUGAAAACUCUGUGACAUUGCUAAAGGAGUUAAUAAAUAGUGCUUCUGAACAAUGUAGAGUAAGUUUGUACCAAACUCCACGCCUGCAGGGUGUGUGGUCCAAAGUUCUUCCGUCGCGAUACAAUGAGUUAGUAGGUCUUCAACAUAUGAAGCUGUACAUAGCAGAUGACUCAGUGCUGUUGAGUGGUGCCAACUGUUCCAAUGACUACUUCCAACAAAGACAGGAUCGUUACAUUGAAAUACAGGAUGCGGACUUAGCAAAUUUUUAUAACGAAAUCAUAGAUACAGUGAGUAACUACAGCAAAGAGUGUCUGGGUAAUGAUAUCAUUGAUGUUAAAUAUGAUAAAACACAAAUGAUACAAGAGUUAAAUAAAAAUGUACUAUCUUGUGUUGAGAAGUGGAAACAUACACAAACUCAAAAAUGUUUAAAUAACAGUAGUGAAGAAGACACAUGGAUAUUCCCACUCAUACAAAUGGGUGAGUUUAACAUAACCCAAGAUGAGGAGGUCACUAGAAAACUUCUACAGACUGCAUCAAAAGGGUCAUACAUACAAUUAGCAACAGGGUACUUCAAUCUUACCAAUCGGUAUGCAGAUACUUUGCUAAAGGAAUGCAAGGCGAAUAUAAGUUUGUUAAUGGCACAUCCCAAUGCAAAUGGUUUCCUUGGCGCAGCUGGCCCUGCUGGUGGCAUACCUCAUGCAUAUUCUUUAAUAGCAAGAAAAUUUUGGCAGAGAGUGGCCGAUUCAAAUCAAGCAAGCAGAGUAAGGAUGUUGGAGUAUGAGCGGCCUGGGUGGACUUUCCAUGCAAAAGGCUUAUGGUACUACCCACCAGGGAGUGGCACGCCAUGGGCGACUAUAGUGGGUUCAGCCAAUAUGGGUGAGCGGUCAGUCAGGCGAGAUUUAGAAGCACAAGCUAUGAUCUUCACUACUUCCACAGAUUUACAGGAACGACUUCGCCAAGAGUCUUUAUUACUGCACAAACACGCUUCAGAAUGCAGUGCCGAGUUACAAAAGAGAGAAACUCCUCUUUGGGUGCGAGCUACUGUCGGACUUUUUAGAACUUAUUUUUAAUGGACUUUCUGUAAUAAGAGUACAAUAACAGUAUUAUUUGUUACGGAAAUUUGUUGCUACAUGACCGCUAAGAGAGAGUACGUUGCAUGUGAUAUAAUGGAAAUUAAAUAAGGCAAUAAAAUAAAUGGAACCAAAUGCUGUAACUUGAUAGUCACUAGUACCUCAUGAUUUUGAUAUGCAGGUUGUUGUCAGUGUUAUGUUAACUGUAAGUUGUGUUGAUUACGUGCUUGUUAUGUUUUGUUGUAAUAAAGUGCUUAUACCUGUC